AUGUCUCACAGCAAUCAAGGCAUCGAAAACAGGAUGCCGGUCCCUGCUAAUGGGAAAGGUGCGCUGGCCGUGCUGGAGCAACAGCCCCGUUUGACCGACCCGUCUUCGUGCGCGUUUGACAAAGCUGGUGACGCCACCAUCGACAAUUCUCUAGUGUCUGGCCUGCAGGAGCUGGAUCUCAAUAGCCCCAGGAAGGUCGUGCGCCCAGAGGAGAAAGACAUGCACCAGGUAACGGACCUACGUGAGGGUGGAAAGGGCCCCCCGCUAGCGGAUGAAGAUCGACUCUUCGAAGGCGAGCGCGCCGUCACGAUGCAAUACCUUCUGAACAAUGUCGCCGAGUUCCGCCAGCUGACAGAAAUCCGCAAGAAGGGCUGGGACAAUCCCGAGGGUGAUAAGUAUUUCGAGCGUCAGCGAAAGCUAGGCGAUGAUGCCAAUCCCGAGACCACCAAGAUAUUUUUCGGCAUGAUGAAUAGGCGACCAAGCAUGCUCGCCCUCGGCUUCGCCCCUGGCGGUUUCGUUGGUGAGGCGCUGAAGGUCAACCCCAACGUGCAAGUGGUGGGAAUCACCCUUCCGAUCAGAGAGAAGGGAGUCGAGAGUCUUGUUAAGAGUCCCCGCCUGGAUCUGAUUCAGGCAGAUGUCACGAUGCUCGCAGUCGACCUCGGCUUCCCCUUGGACGAUAUUCCCCCCAGCCACCCUGAUGCGAAGCGUUUCCUCAAGCGAGCCAUUCGCCCUCGACAGCAGUUCGACCUCGUCACCUGCGAGGGCGGUGUACUUCGUACCCAUCAAAUCGCGUCAUAUCGGGAGCACCGUGAGGCCCACCGCCUGAAGGCUUCCCAGUUGGCGAUAGCCCUCGAACGCGCAAAGCCCGGCGCGAGCAUGAUCGUUCUGAUGCAUAAGGCCGAGACAUGGAAUAGUCUCUCUCUGUUCUACAAGUUUUCAAAGUUCUCCGAGAUCCGCCUAUUCAAACCGGAGAAAGAGCACCAGCACCGGUCGAGUUUCUACAUGAUUGCCACCAACAUUCAGAGCCAGUCUCAAGCGGCCAAGGAUGCUGUCAACCAAUGGAAGGCCGAAUGGAAGACUGCCACUUUUGGGACCGAUGAUGAGUACAACAGACAAUGCAAUGCCAACGCGCUCGACGUCAACAAGGUCCUGGAAGAGUUCGGCGAGAGCUGGGUUGACUUGUCCCGAGAGGUGUGGGCCCGUCAGAUCAAAGGCUUGGAGAAGAAAUCUUUCACACAGUGA